UAAAUGUUGUUUAAAUGGCUAAAUGAAAUUUCUACAUACAUUAAAUGAAUUGUAAUGUAUAACUCAGUUAUGAUGCAUGAGCGUAUGUGACGAGACAGUCGUUGGUUAUAGGGGAGAUAUUUCGCUAAUGCCGAAAGUUUCAAUUUCCAACAGCACGUGAAGGCACCUGAAGUCGUCGUUCAGUGGCGCAGACUCACGUGAUCGUUCUUGAACUUUCGGCGCGAGUGAGGAGACAUGGCUCACCUCAUAUCCACGUACAUAUCGGAGGCGUUGGAGAGUUUGCCUGAAUAUUACUUUGACAAGUUUGUUUUCACUUUGCGGGACCGUAGGAAGACGCCGAGGUUCCGGUGCCGUGAGGUGGAGGGUAAAGGUGUUCUGGACAUCACGAACCUCCUGCUGUUAAAGUUCACCGCGGACAGAGCGCUUCAAGUCACUGUGGAAACACUGAGGAACAUUGACUGCAACCAGGCGGCACAUACAACACACACACACACACACACACACACUGGCCCACUGUAUGUGUGGCAGCAUUACGCUUCCGUGGGGCACAGUCAGUGGGGUGCUCAGUAUCACGUUAUCUAUCUGGUUGUAAUCUGGUUGUAAUCUGGUUCUUCCACUCUUCUUCAUGGUCGUCAUCUGUCUUGCUUGAACAAACCACAGUUCAACAGUUGGUUGCCCUUGUUUUGGCUCUGUUGUUGUGACAGAUUGCCAAGUUUGAUUCCAUUUUAAUACUUCUCAUAUGUUUUAUUCAUUUUUUGUGAAUAGCAUUUAAUGUAUAUUUUAUAACAACAUUCUAAUUUCUUUCAUUUCAGAAACCAAAGCACCUGUGGAUACAGGCGAACCUGUUUUACGUAAAACUCCUAAUGGGGACCUGGACCUGAACCCUUCCCAGGAGGCUAAAUGUUGUUCUGCUGACUAUUGGCCUUUGAGAAGCGUUCCAGCUCACAGACGUCCUAAAAUGAAGAUGCCAAAAGAGGUGGAGGAUGAAGCCAAGGCUCUUGUCGUCUCUGAGGGCAAGGACCCGAGCAAUAAGAGGCUGGUUCUCAGUCGGUCUUCGAUUCAGUUUGGCCAGUACAGGGAUAAAACAUUCAAAUGGCUGUUGGAGAAUGAUCUGCGUUAUACUGCCAGACUGGUAGCACAACACCGGAACGAGCGACAGCACACGACGGAACAGAACCCACAUAUGGUUAACAAGGAUCUCUUGACUUCAUAUGCGAUUGCCUACACUGAGGUUUUGAAGGAAGUCACAUCUCGUCAUCGCGCUAUAGAAGCUGAAGAGAAAUCCAUGGAGCCAGGCCAGGAAGGAGAAGCCCUUGUUGGCUUUGGUCGUUACCAAAAUGAGACACUGAAGGACCUGUAUGAGUCAAAGGACAAGUGCAAGAUCAGCUAUGUGGAGUUCCUCCGAGGACAAAGGUCCUCUUGUUCAAAAGCUUCCAAGAUGGAGGACGCCAUCAAAUACAUCUUGAAGUGUGACCAGAAGAGAAGGAAGAAACCGCCUCAGAGCACCAGUUCUUUCCGUGGGAAGUGGAGAAGAUCCUUGAAGAAGGCACAAGGAGGCACUUUCAAAUUCAAAUGAACCUUCUGUCAUGAAUGGUGAUGAGCUCUCUCUCCCCUCUCCCCCUCUGUCUCUCUCUCUCUCUGAACCUCCCUGUUUGCUUGUUUUUGUAUGCUUUUGUAUGCUACCAUUUUUGUAUGCUUGUUAUGCGCCAAUGACACCAGAACAAAUUCCUUGU